AUGGAAUUGAGUAUCACCAAUGAGAACACAUUUGCAGGUUCGUCUGGAACACUAAAGAUACAUGAUAUGCCAACAUCUCCUGUUAUAGAGGAAUAUGAAAGUAUAAUAAUAACAAAUAAUACACCAAGUUUUAUUGAAGUAGGACAAGUAUACCAAGACAAGCAAACAAUUGCAACUGCAAUGAAGCACUAUUCUGUCAUGCACAAGUUGCAAUUCAAGGUUAAAAGAUGUAGUGCUAGAAGCUAUUGGCUGGUAUGUGUUGAUGAAAAUUGUAAAUGGCACUUCAAGGCAACUAGCAUAAAUGAUUCUGCAAUGUUCAAGGUUAGAACAUUCAACAGCUUGCACACAUGCUCUUUGAUGGACAGUACAUUCAUACAACGCAAACCUACUGCCAUGGUAGUUGGUAGCAUGGUUAUUCCAAAACAUGCUGAUCCUAAGAUAAUUUACACACCAAAAGACAUACAAAGUGAUAUGUUGUCUGAACACGGCGUGAACUUAACAUACAUGCAAGCUUGGAGAGCAAAGGAAAAGACUUUGGAGUUUUUGAGAGGUCAUCCUGCUGACUCCUACAGCAAGUUGCCUAGUUAUUUGUAUAUUCUGGAGAAGACUUAUCCGGGGUCUGUAGUUAAAUUGAAGAAGACGGAAGAUGACUUCUUCUUGUAUGUAUUUGUUGCAAUUUGUACGUCAAUCAGUGGUUGGGAAUAUUGUAGGCCAGUUGUAGUAGUUGAUGGGACCCUCUUAAAGUCAGCAUACAGGGGAAUCAUGCUAACAGCUAGUACAACGGAUGCAGCAGGUACCAUAUUACCAUUGGCAUAUGCUGUUGUUGAUUCAGAAAAUGACGCAUCAUCGAAGUGGUUUUUUGAGCAAUUCAAACAUGCAUAUGGUGAAAGACCAAAUAUGUGUGUGGUUUCGGAUCGGAAUAAGAGUAUCUUGAAGGCAACAUAUAUUGUUUAUCCUGGCAUGCCACAUUAUUCUUGCAUGUGGCAUAUUUGGACAAAUAUAAGGGCAAAGUUCAAGAAGGGUCAUCUAAAGUUAAGCGAAUUGUACUUUGCCACGGUACGAUCAUACACGCUUGAUGAAUUUAAUGAAAGGAUGUCAAAGAUCGAAGAGAUUGACCCACGUGUUAAAGCAUACUUAUACGAUAUUGGCUACCAUAGAUGUUCUCGAGUACAUGCUACAGUAAACAGAACUUGGACUAUGACAUCAAACAUUGCAGAGUCGUUGAAUGCUGUGAGGGCUUCAACAGACUACAUCCAUACAGUACUAGAUGGUGUGAGGCACUAUAUUGUUUGUCUUGAAAACAAGAGAUGUAGUUGUGGGCAAUUCCAGCUUGAUGAACUUCCUUGUCCACAUGCUUUGGUUGCUUUAAGACAGAGGGAUGAGUCUUUUGAACAAUAUUGUUCUCCCUAUUACACAAGGAAGAACCUAUUGCAUACUUAUGAAAUACCAGUAAAUCCCCUGCCUGAUGAAAGCAAAUGGAAUGUGCCACAAUAUAUAUCUGAAGAAGUAGUAAAUCCACCUACAAGAGGGAAAAGGCAUCCAGGAAGACCUCAAAAAGAAAGAUAUAAAACAUAUGAUGAAAUAAAUUCAAAGAAGUACAAGGUUUCAUGUGGCAACUGCGGAGGAGAAGGGCAUAACAAAAGAUCUUGCAAGAAUGCACCCAAAAAAAACAUUUAUGUAGUUAACAAAAUAUUUCAUAAAAAUUGUUGGUGA